CCCCUUUUCUUCAACAUCCCCCAAUUACUAUAAAAUAAAUCCACACUUUCCCUUAAAACGUACCACACUUUUCCUCCUCUUCCUCUUCUUCUUCUCUUCAAUUAAGUUACAAAUGACCAAAUAUUAACUACUUAAAUCUUGUUUUACUUUUUUUAAUAAAAAUUUUGUAUUAUGGAGAAGGUUAAUUUUGUGAAGAAUAAUGUUCUAAGAUUGCCACCAGGAUUCAGGUUUCGACCCACUGAUGAAGAGCUUGUGGUACAAUACUUGAAGCGUAAAGUCUUCUCUUUUCCUUUGCCAGCAUCUAUCAUCCCUGAGGUUGAAGUUUACAAAUCUGAUCCUUGGGAUUUGCCAGGUGAUAUGGAGCAAGAAAAGUACUUUUUUAGUACUAAAGAAGUAAAGUAUCCAAAUGGGAACAGGUCAAAUAGAGCAACAAAGUCAGGAUAUUGGAAGGCAACUGGAAUCGACAAGCAAAUCAUAUUAAGAGGCCAACAACAACAAUUGGUUGGAUUGAAGAAAACACUUGUCUUCUAUAGAGGAAAAUCUCCACAUGGUUGCAGAACCAAUUGGAUUAUGCACGAAUAUCGUCUUGCCAAUCUUGAAUCUAACAACCAUCCAAUCCAGGGAAAUUGGGUUAUCUGUCGAAUUUUCUUGAAGAGAAGGGGCAAUACUAAAAAUAAGGAAGAAAUUAUGACAACUCAUGAUGAGAUCUUUAAUAGCAAAAACAGAGAAGUUGGUAAAGACUCGCCCCUUGUUUCAGUUAAAAUGAGUUCUCGAGAUCAUGGGACAUUGACUUCUGCCAACGGUGAACUUAAGAAGGAGACGCUGGUAAUUUUUUACGAUUUUAUGGGGAAGGAUGGUUCUAAUGGAGUUGGAGCUUCAUCAUCAAGUAGUGGAAUCACUGACUUGACUACUACUAAUGAAGAAUCUGAUGAUCAUGGAGAAAGUAUUAGUAGUUUUAAUAGUUUUACUACUUUUAGAAGAACAAAUUAAUUUAAUCAAUCGCCUUUGAAUCAA